GUGAAACUGAUCAAUCAAUCAGAUGACGGCGACGGUGAUGGUGAUAAUUGUGGAAAACGUUAUGAUGGUUUUUUGAAAAUAAUUGCCGGUAAUAAUUGUUUUUGAAUCAAAGAAUUUCCGAUCUGAUUGACCACAACAAAAAAAUUAUUUUCCUGUCGUAGCAAUAUGGAAAUUUUAUUGCCGCCUAUUUUAUGAUAUUGAAAUCAAUGGCAUGGAAAACAUAAUCAAUACACAGCCAGCAUUGAUCAUUUUCUAUCAUGGUGCAAUACCGAUAGAUAUUUUUUUCCUGAUGACUGAUUAUUAUUUGAAAACAAAACGGCUGAUUUAUACGAUAACUGAUCGUAUUGUAUAUAGAAUACCGGGUUCAUUUUUAUUACAUUUUUUUCAUAUUAUUCCUGGCAAUUCUGAUGAUUGUGUUAUGAUAUUGAAAAAAGGCAAAUCAUUGCUAUUAUCACCAGGUGGUACAUUUGAAGCAUUUUUCAGCGAUACAAACAGCACUAUUGUUUGGAAUGGCCGUAAAGGUUUUGCACGUAUAGUGAAACAAACCAAUGUGCCAAUCAUAUUGGUAUAUACUAGAAACAUACGUUUUGCUUUCAUACAGAUACCAAUUGUGCAUAGAUUAUGGCAAAAAAUUUAUCAAAAUUUUCGUAUACCAAUAUUAAUUCAUCUUGGAUUGCCAGUGAAACUAUUCACAAUGAUUAGUGAACCAAUACAUUUUCCACAUGAUUAUUCGAUUGAUCAGAUUGCAUUGGAAACGGAAACAAAAAUGGCCAAAUUUAUCAGACAAAAUCAAACAAAAUCAAACACAACUAUUGAAGCAUUGAAACAAAGAUUUUUGUUAACAUGAAAUUAAAACAAAAAAAAAG